CUCUCAUCCACGAUAUUGUCCAACCCGCAUCGGACCUUCUCAUCCUCUCUCCAAUCGCCAUGGCACAGGCGCAGAUGAUGCAGUUCGCCGACACGAUCGCGUCCAUGAAGCUGGCUCUCAAGCGCCGCGCCGACGACUCUGGAAGCGACUCGGGCAUCCAACAGCGCACCAAUCGCGGCAACAAAUUGAAGCGCCGCGCCAAGAACGUUCAGGAGCAUCGUCUGGAUGAUACCGGUGGGCUUAAUUGGCGGCGGCCGGUCAAUCAUGCUGGCUACACACGAAAGACCAUCUCCUCGAACCCACCAUUCUUCGACGACGACGGUGAUCCGUAUUCCCCCACCGAGUCCGACUACGAGAACGAUCGAUACGCCGAGCCCGCGGAAGAUGACCCU